AUGUUUGCUUUUUUAUUUUGCUCUAGAGUUUCCUGCGAACAAAAACAUCCAAUUAUCGGUAUUGACUUGGGCACAACUUUUAGUUGUGUUGGUGUUUUUAUGAAUGGAAAAGUUGAUAUCAUACCAAAUGAAGUAGGAAAUAGAAUUACACCAUCAGUAGUUUACAUUGGAAACGGUAAAAAGAUUGUGGGCGAUGCAGCAAUGCCAUAUCUUGUUAGUGAACCAAAAAAUACAAUUUAUGCAAUUAAAAGGCUUAUAGGUAGACGUUUUUCAGAUCCAGAAGUACAAAAUGAAAUACCUCAUCUUGGCUAUAAAGUUAUAGAUAAAAACAACCAUCCAUACGUCGAAAUAAAUAAUAAUGGAGUAAUAGAGCACUAUUCUCCCGAAGAAAUUUCAUCAAUGAUUCUUUACAAGAUGAAAUCAGUUGCAGAAUCCUACUUAGGAUACCAAAUUAACGAAUCUGUUGUCACAGUUCCCGCAUAUUUCAAUGAUAAUCAACGAAAAUCUACUUUUGAUGCCGGUAAAAUUAUCGGAUUAAAGAUAACUCGUAUAAUUAACGAGCCAACAGCCGCAUCUCUUGCUUACGGACUUGAUAGGAAAAAUCAAGACUCCGUAAACAUCUUAGUUUACGAUCUCGGCGGUGGCACAUUCGAUAUUUCACUUCUUACAGUCGAAGACUCCUUCUUCGAAGUUCUUGCAACGUCAGGAGACACUCAUCUUGGCGGAGAAGAUUUCGAUAUCAGAUUGGUCGAACACUUUGCAGAUGUUUUUCAGCGCAAGACAGGCAAGAAUCCCAGAAACAAUCCUAGAUCAAUGGCUAUCCUCAAACGCGAAUGCGAACACGCGAAAAGAGUUUUAACAUUUGAACAUCAAACACAGAUAGAAAUAGAAAACUUCUAUGAAGGAUUAUCAUUCUCAGAGCCAUUAACAAGAGCCCGCUUCGAAGAACUCAACAUGGAUCUUUUCAGAAAAACAAUACAGCCAAUUACUCAAGUUCUCGACGAUGCGAACCUCAUGAAACACGAAAUCGACGAAAUAGUACUCGUGGGUGGCUCUACAAGGAUCAUAAAGAUCCAGCAACUCGUCAGAGAGUAUUUCAACGGUAAAUCUCUUUGCAAGUCGAUCAAUCCGGAUGAAGCAGUUGCAAACGGAGCAGCUGUAGAAGGCGCAAUUCUCAAUAACGAAGUCGAUAUUUUACUUCAUAAUAUUAACCCACUUACAUUAGGUAUAGAAACGGUUGGUGGCCUUAUGAGCGAGGUCAUCCCAAGGAAUACUCGCAUUCCUGUCACUAAAACUCGUACGUUCUCCAAUGCAGAAGACGAUGAUGAUACAGUUACUAUACAAAUCUACGAAGGUGAGCGACCAUUGACACGCGAUAACCAUUUCUUGGGCAGUUUCGACCUUAGUGGGCUUCCUCCUGGCCCACGCGGAACAGUUUUGUUCGAAGUCAGUUUUGAGCUCGACCAAAAUAACAUUUUAACCGUUUCUGCUAAGGAUAUAUCGAGCGGACAUGAGGAGAGUAUAACUAUUAGUGCUAACGAUAACCGUCUGGAUAGCGAUGAGAUGGAAAAUGCGAUAGAAAACGCUCAGCAAUGGGAGGAAGACGAUGAAAAACUUCGCUCUCAAAUUGUGGCGAAAAAUAAAUUUGAAACCGCAAUUGCUCGAGCCUUCUUGAAGUUAGGAGAGACUGACUUACCUGAGGAGAAGCGCGAACACUUGGAAAAGCGCCUCAAUGAGGAGAAAGAGUAUUUGAAAGAUACAGAAGACGAUGCAGAACAGAUUCUUGAAAGAUUCGAUAAAUUAGGUGAGGAAGUGUCUUUCUUGUUUACAGAAAAGGAUGAGAAGGAAAUGAAUACGGACGAAAUUUAG